UCUGGAACUUGCCCCAAUAACUGGCCGGCUCCCGGUGCCUGGCGGCCAGGGAGGAGAGUGUCACACUGCAUUGCCUCCCUUACCAGAACUGUCUCCAAGUGUGAGGAACAAAUGCAGUGAAUACAUGGAAGGAGGGAAAGACUGAGGGUACGUGACCACCAGGGCUUCUUCCCUUCCCUCUCCCUCACCACCACCACCACCACCACCACCUCCCCGCAGCACCCGGUAAUGAGUUCACAUCGAAGAACACCGCUCGAUAAUCGUGAUGCCGACGCCCACAUGACAUGGUGAGGCCGGCAUGAUGCCCCAGGGAGCGGGCUUGAGGGCGUCCCGGCCCUCACAGCCUCCCGCACACUACUCCCGUGAACACCAUCGACUCAACCCACGUCCACAUUCACUCCCUUGCCUUCUCCUCCUGUUUGUUCUGGCCAUCCCUCUCACGCUGUGUUGGGGCUCGGCUGUGGCAUCCAGCUCUGAUUCAUUCAAGUUUUUGAGAGACCGCUACUAUGUUAAAAUCUAUGAAAAUUCGCUGCCCAUGACGCACGUGUCUGGGGAGGAACUAAUGUGCAUCUCCCUGGACAAUUUGGCACCUUCCAUUCACAUUACAUUUCACAUUGUUGGCGGAGACACUCAUGGCUUCUUCACAGCGGAGACGGAGGAGGUUGGUGGACUUGCGGUGCUGCAGGUGAGAACUAAAACGGGGCUGCGAGACGUGCUAAACCGAGAAAGAAGCGAACGAUAUGACCUGGUAGUGGAAGCACGAGCUAAGAACCCUGUACGCAGAGGUGCUCCCCUUAGAGCCAGAACUAAUGUAACAGUGAACGUUCUGGACACCAAUGACAACGUACCUUUGUUCUACCCAACCUCUUACCAGGUCAGUGUGGGUGAAGAUGCCUCCAUCCACACACCGCUGCUCUCCGUCACAGCCCAUGAUCCAGACGAUGGCAACAACGGUCAGGUUUACUAUCUGCUGGAAGACCACAAUACAGACUUGUUCGCUAUCCAUCCAGUCAGAGGCGUACUAAGCAUAACACGCACGCUCUCCUAUACAUAUGGACGUAUACAUACAAUAACAAUUCUUGCCAAAGAUCGCGGACCACAACCACCAAAUAUGCGGGCUUUUGUUGCUGCACGGGCCACAGUAGAGGUGCAAGUUUACCAAGUUAACAUCCAUGCGCCACAGAUCUAUGUGCAGCAUUUGCCACAUGUAGUGGAACACUCCCACACACACAUUUAUGCCAUUAUUAGAGUGGAUGACGAGGAUGAGGGUGAAAGUGGUCGAGUAGACAAAGUGACCAUUGUAGCUGGUGAUCUAGAUCGACUCUUCAGCAUCACUCGAGGAUCUCAUUCCAAGGAAUAUAAUCUUGCUGUACUCAAAUUACUGGACCGAGAGUUAGCUCCAGAAGGCUACAACCUUACUCUUCAGGCUGUUGACUGUGGAACUCCCUCGCGCAGAACACGUGUCAACGUGCACGUUAACAUCGCCGAUGUCAAUGACCACGCUCCAGUAUUUGCACGAGAACAGUAUGAGGAAGCAGUGAGUGAAGAAGCUCCCCCUAAUACUCCUGUCGUUAGGGUGGCAGCUUCUGACACGGAUCAGGGCAUCAAUGGGAGGGUUCUCUUUAGGAUUGUGGCUGGAAAUGAGGACGAAAAAUUUCGCAUAAACCCUCGCACAGGUCUGAUAUCCACUGGCGACUGGCUGGACCACGAGUUGACAGCAUCCUACAGUCUAACAGUGGCAGCUGUAGACCAAGCCAGCAACGCCCGCAGGAAACAGUCUUCUGCCAAAGUUAUUAUUCGAAUUCUUGAUGCCAACGAUAAUGCACCGCAGUUCAACACUCCCAAUACAGAGGUGACAAUCGACGAAAACGAACCAGUGGGGUCCUAUGUGACGCGCAUGCUUGCCACAGAUGCAGACUCAGGGGAGAACCGCUUUCUUUCGUACAGUAUUGCCAAUCUAGAUCAAGUGCCCUUUGUUAUUGAUCCUUUUGAUGGCACAAUAAGGACUUCUUCUGUGCUCGAUUUUGAGGCCCAGCGUCGAGUCUAUACCAUCAAAGUUCGUGCAUCAGACUGGGGCAGUCCCUACAAGAGGGAGACGGAAACAACGGUAAAAGUGAAAAUUCGUGACGUAAAUGACAAUCGACCACAGUUUGUGGGUGUUGACUGCAAAGGGUGGGUUUCCAUUGACGCUCCCGUUGGAACAAGUGUACUAACCCUCUCAGCAGUGGAUCUGGACAAUGGAAGCAGUGUUAUUUAUAGACUCCAAAAUGACAUGGAUGAAGAAUGCUGGUCGGUUGAGAGUUCAACGGGCGUCUUGGCUCUUACUUGUGAUCUAAGGACGUUAUUGCCUCAUGAUGCACCAAAGACAUACCUUCUUAAUGUAACGUCCUCUGAUGGCACCCACAUGUCAGAUGCGACUGGUGUGACGAUAACAGUCAUUACCAAACGCAGUGAGGAUCAUGCAUCCCUGAAACGCUAUUCACAUGUUGAGUGUCACGAGACAGGUAUCGGUUCUAAAGCAGCAGAAGUGAAAGCUGCAGCAGCAGAGAACAAUGCAGCUGAGGAACAUUAUGCCCUAUUACCACUGCGCUACGGUUACAACUCUCACAAGCCUGAGCUGCCAGAAAAAUUCCCUAGCAUUGUGAAGGUUCGUGAAGACGUGGACAUUGGCACCAAAUUACUGACUGUGGCAGCAAAGGAUCAUGACCGAGGGCAUAACGGGCGUGUGGUGUACGCUGUUUCUAAUGGUGAUACGGACUCAGUAUUUAAAAUAGGCUUUGAAACGGGCAUCUUGCAAGUGGUGGCACAGCUUGACCGUGAAAGGACGCCAGAGUACAAUCUUAACAUAACUGUGUAUGAUCUUGGAGUUCCUCACAGAAGUGCUUCAAGAAAUCUUACUGUCAAAGUCAUAGAUGUGAAUGAUAAUGCUCCAGAAUUCAAUCGUGUAAGCUACAGCCUUCAUCUCCCUGAGAAUACUCGAAACGGAACCAGUGUAGCUCAGCUGAGUGCCCAAGAUGCUGAUGAAGGGCUGAACGCUGAAGUGACGUACGAACUGGUGUCUGAUGUGGAUGAAUUCAUGGUUGACAAAGUAACUGGGGUGCUCUAUAUGCUAGGUGGGCUUGAUCGUGAGCGGCGCAGUGAAUAUGACCUACGAGUGAGGGCGUGGGACAGUGCUCCAGAGAACCCUCAGUCAGCGUUGGCCAGAGUGAUAGUAACAGUCCUUGACAUCAAUGACUGCCCUCCAGAGUUUGGUGCUGCUCGCAGUCUCAAGGUUGACAUCCCUGAGGAUCUGCCAGUUGGUGCUGUGGUAGCAACACUCCAAGCCACUGACCAGGACAUGGGUGCGGGUGGACAGUUGACAUACACCCUCACCAGUGAUCAUGGGGAUGUAUUCCGUAUUGAUGCCCAAACUGGUGUUGUGAGACUUGCAGAGACCCUUGACUAUGAGGCAAGACAGUCGUACAAUGUGACAGUUCGUGCCCAGGAUGGAGGUACACCACCUCUGCAUGCCCACGCCAGUCUUUUUGUUCGUGUUCAUGACGUGGAUGAAAACCUGGGCCCUCCAAGAUUCCCACAACGGGUGUUGAGAGGCUGGGUCAAGGAAAACCUGCCCCCUGGUGCCGAAGUCAUCACCCUCGAGGCACGAGAUCCUGACAAUGACCAGCUCGUGUACACAAUCACCGGGGGAGAUGGAGUGGGCUACUUCUCAGUUGACAUGCAAGGUGUGAUCCGCACGGUAGUGUCCCUGGACCGAGAGGCGGCUCGGGGCUACUGGCUAGCUGUGGUGGUGUCCGACGGGGGAGCGGCGCCACUCACUGACACCUGCCAUAUUUUCGUCGAGGUGGAGGACGUGAACGACCACAUCCCUCAGACGGAGGAGCCAGCUUACCACACCUUCGUGUCUGAAAAUCUCCCUCCUGAUACCUCGGUUCUCACUCUUGUAGCAUCUGAUGGGGACUUGGCUCCUUCUAAUAUUUCUUUUGCCAUCACUAAGGGCAACGAGGAAGUACAUUUCAAGAUCAACCCACAGAAUGGCGUCAUCAGCACACUAGUACCUCUGGACAGGGAGGAGCAAGCGGAGUACGAGUUAUGGGUAAUGGUGAGUGACGGCCAGUUGUCCUCCAUCACCCCAGCAUUCAUCACGGUGAGCGACGUGAACGAUAAUCCUCCGGAAUUCUUGGAGUCUCUUUACCGCGUCACUGUUCCUGCGCGCAGCAAGACUAAGAAACGAGCAGCUCUUUUCAGGCCCGACCCUGACGACGGCGGGCUUGACUCAGUGUGGGCGUUGGGGGACUGGGUCACUUUCUCGCCCUCACAGAUCACCGCCCACGACGACGCCUUGUUCAGGGUGUUUGCUAGAGAUGCUGACGUCGGAAUGAAUGGUGACCUUGACUACAGCAUCAAGACUGGUAAAAACAAGAAAGGCCGUUUUAAGAUCCAUCCCAAAACAGGCCAGGUGUACAGCAACAAGGCGUUCCCUCCAAGCAAGACCUUCGAACUAAUGAUCCAGGCAAAGGAUAAUGGACAACCUCAGCUGAGCGCCACCACUCGUGUGCUAGUGCGUGUGGUUGAUGUGCCUGAUAGUUCCUCGAACCCUCCUGUUCUGCCGCCACAGCCCCCGGCCCACGUCAUGGAGACGGAUCCACCAGGACAUCUGGUAGCAUUCGUAAAUGCUCAGGACCCAGACAACGAUACCUUGUGGUACUACAUUACAGAUGGUGAUGACAGUGGCAGGUUCUGUAUGGGUGUGGAUUCUGGGCUGGUGAGCUUGGCCCGUCCCCUGGAUCAUGAGGAUCAGUACCAUUACUCCCUCACUGUCAUGGCCACAGAUGGAGUGCAUUCCAACUCGACUAAGCUAGUGGUGGAGGUGAUGAAUGCCAAUGACCACCGACCAGUGUUCAGCGCCAAGAAGUAUGAGGGCACAAUAAGUGAGGAUGUAGAACCAGGAGCCACUGUUCUCACAUUACAGUGUCGUGACAAGGAUCAGGCACCUUUGACAUUUUCCUCUGUGUAUUUCACGCUCCACCAUGCUCAUGCCUUGGCCUCACAGGGGCUCUUCACUGUGGACUCGUUCACUGGUGAUGUGCUUGUAGCAGAGCCUCUGGACAGGGAGGUAGCCGGUGUCCAUGAGCUAACAGUGAGCUGCAGAGAUCGAGGACGCCGAGAGAAUGCAGACUUUGCCCGUGUUUUGGUGACAGUGAAGGAUGCAAAUGACCAUGCCCCUGUCUUUCUAGAGCCCAUGAUCAUUGCCAAGAUUAGUGUGGGAUCUGCAGUUGGGACACCAGUAGUGCGAGUGCUGGCGCUGGAUCAUGACAAGGGUGAAAAUGGGAUGAUCUCAUACUCAAUCUUUGAAGGAAAUGCUGGAGGAAUCUUCAGCAUUGACAGUGCACUUGGAGUCAUCAGCCUCACAAGAACAUUACUAGAGGCUGAACCUUCUGAGUACCUACUUCUGGUACGGGCCAUGGACCAUGCCAUUCAGGCUAAGGCCGCCUCAGUUCCAGUCAGAGUAAUAGUGACCUCUUCACAAAACUCACCACCUUCUUGGGAAGAAAAUAACCCGAAAGUGGUGGAAGUUGGGGAAUGGGUGGCUGUGGGGACAGGUUUGGCUCGCAUCACUGCAUCUUCACCUUCUUCACUUCACUACUCUCUCACAAGUGGAAAUGACAACAGCCCCUUCAUCAUAAGCCCUGCAUCAGGAGUAGUCAGUGUGGCAACUCCACUUGAUUAUGAGAGUACUUCUUGGUACAAUCUUACCAUCACUGCUACAAAUCUGGCUGGUUUGUCUCGCAGUACCUGGCUGGGCGUGACAGUUCUAGAUGAAAAUGACUGGUGGCCUGAAUGGGAGAGACUUGGCUACCACGGUAGUGUUCUGCAGACUGCCACCCGUGGCUCACCUGUGAUGGCAACCCACUCCCAGAACCUAAGUCAGCUUACUGUUACAGCCCAGGACCUCGAUCAAGGUUACAAUGGGAGAGUUACUUACAGCCUUGUCGAGAGAAAUAUUGGAAAAUAUUUUUCAAUCAACCGACACACAGGAGCGAUAUGGGUGUCAGGCAACCUUGAAGAAGUGGCAGGUACAACUAUUGAGUUCAGUGUGUGGGCUACUGAUGGUGGAAGUCCUAAGAGGGAGUGUGUUGCUCCUGCCCCUGUCUUUGUUGCAGUCAAGACAGUAAAAGCUGCUCCUGUUGCCUUCUCUGAGAAGUUAUAUUCAGCUAUCCUUUAUCAACCAACCUUUCCUGGAGUGAGGGUAUUUUGCCUAGAUCCACUUGAUGAGCAGCAACAGCAUGUGGAAGUGAAUAGUAAACACCGACUUGUAUACUCUAUUGCUGCUGGUGAUGACAGGGAAAAUUUUGAAUUUGACAGCACCAGCAGAUGUGUUAAAGUUCAUGACAAAACAAGCCUUAAAUCUCAUUACAACCUUACACUCCAAGCUACUGAUGGAUAUGCAUCAAUGACUGCAACAGCUGAAGUCAUGAUUCAAGAUGCACCUCUGUCUACUCUUGUUUUUACCCAAGACCAGUACUGGGCCACAGUCAUUGAGAACUCCACUAAGGAGAUGAAUGUGGCUGCCCUUGGGUUAAAAGGCCAGCCACUCAACCACCAUGUCCACUUUACCAUUCUUAAUCCUAAUGAAAAAUUUGACAUUCACUCAACUGCUGGUGUCAUCAAGACUACAGGCAGAUCCUUCGACCGUGAGGCUGAAGACCAUUACACAUUAGUGGUUGAGGCAAGGGAUGUGGAGGGAGCAACGAAUGUGGCCCACGUCCUUGUCCACGUGGCAGUGAUGGAUGUGAAUGACAACGAGCCAGUAUUCAUUAAUCGGCCUUACCAUGCCCUUGUCUCUACAAUGUCCCCACGUGGUGAUGUGGUCACCAAGGUGCAGGCAAUAGACGCAGACUCUGGAGAGUUUGGGAGCAUUCGCUAUGAGUUAGUGCGAGGCAGUGGUGAACUUUUCUCUGUGAACAAGAAGACUGGUGAGAUUUCCCUGAAGCAGUCACUGAUGGCUGCUGACAAGACAUACAGCCUCACUGUUGCUGCCUAUGAUGGAGGAAAUCCACCCUUAAGCUCACAGGCACAUGUCUUGAUAAGAGUGGUGUCUUCUGAAGGCCCUAUGUUCACUGCUGCCCGAUACGAAACAUCCGUGCCAGAGAAUGCUGCUGAAGGUACACCUGUAAUGAGGGUGGAGGCCACCAGUACUUCAGGAGAGCCUGUCAUGUACACCAUUGUUGCUGGCAAUAAUGAAGAAAAAUUUGCUAUCGACUACUCCACAGGUGGCAAUGAAGUGGAACCUGAGUGUGUAAUUCAGACUACUGACAUGUUGGACUAUGAAGCCGCCCACAGCCACAACAUUACUGUCAGGGCCCGAGAUCCCUUCACAGGCAGCCACACAGACGCUUACAUCACCAUCAUGGUUACUGAUGUCAAUGAUAAUCCUCCAGAAUUCACUCACUACAUAUUCAAAGGAGAUGUGUCAGAAGCUGCUGCUCCAGGCCAUGUCAUCCUUCAGGUUUCAGCCAGAGAUGUGGAUACUGGUAUGGGUGGAUCUGUCCGAUAUUCCUGUGGAGGUGAAUGUAUUGGAUUUGACCUGCGCAGCACAGAUGGUGCCGUGGUGCUCACCAAACAGCUGGAUGCUGAAGAUGAUUCUCAGCAUGAGUUUGUUGUUGUAGCCACUGACUCUGGAAUUCCCCAGCUUUCUGCUACUGCCGUGGUGGUUAUUCAUGUUGUGGACUUCAACGACAACCCUCCAGUGUGGCGGCAGGACAGCUACUCCUGUCGUGUGUCAGCUGAAGCCCAACCUGGCCACGUGGUUACUUCCAUGUCUGCUUCUGAUCCUGACGCUGGUCAGGUCAUGCCUCUCCGUUAUGCCAUCCACUCAGGAGAUCGAAAUGGAAUAUUUAAGAUGGAUUCAUUAACUGGUGUGCUGACAGUGACGGCACCACACAAGCUAGAGAAUGUAACUUCUCUAAAUCUGAAUAUGUCAGUAACUGAUGGGGUGCAUAUGGUCUUCAAGGUCCUCCAUGUCUCUAUUGUUCCUUCUAAUCAUCAUGCGCCUAGGUUUAACCGCACACUUUAUGAAGCUUAUGUGGAAGAGAACUCUUCUCCUGGCCAGCUUGUGACAAAUCUUUUUGCCUAUGACCCAGACACAGGUGGUUUUGGAACUUUGCAUUACAGCAUUCUACACCAGACCUCUGAGGAUGCCUUCACUAUAGAUAAAGAAGGCAACUUGUUCACAGAAAGACAACUAGACCGUGAGUCAUUAGCAUUGCACACCCUUAAAUUAUCCGUCAUGGAUGAGGGUGGACGGGCCAGCUUUACCACCGUGCGUUUGACCAUCCGUGACAAGAAUGACAAUCCACCGAUAUUUACAUUGCCAGAGUAUCAAUCCAACAUCAACACUGACAUGGCUCCUGGCACAACUAUUCUCAAGGUUGAGGCAGGUGAUGCAGAUGAGGGAGUGAAUAGUGAGGUGGAGUACCGCAUGUAUGAAGCUAACAGCUCAGAGGCACUCAAGCUUUUUGCAGUUGAUCCUCUAACAGGAGAAGUCACCAUCACUCAAAGCCUUCAAGGCCGAGAAACUGAGGUGUAUCAGUUUUUUAUCCGUGGGGAGGACAAAGGUUCCCCACCCCACCACUCAGAUGUCCCCAUCACCAUCUUCCUCCUGCCAGCCUAUGAAAGCCCUCCACACUGUGCCAAGAAGUAUGCACAGUUCUUUAUGAGAGAGGAUGACCCCGUUGGGAAUGUGAUAGCAACCUUGUGGAUGGAGGGACCACAGGAAGUACAGUACUCAAUAGUUGCUGAUGAGGACACAGAGCAGAGAGUGGCAGGUGAGGAGAAGGGGUCAGGAGAGAGCUCUGGACCCUUUGCUGUAACCUCUACUGGGCUGGUGGUGACACGGAAAUCUUUGGAUCACGAGCGGCGGCGUAUACACCGCAUCACAGUCACCAACCACACACUUGCAACGCCUCCCACAGUGGACUAUAUGACAAUUUCUGUAAUGGUAAUGGAUGUGAAUGACUGCUCCCCACGCUUUUCUGAAAUAAGCUAUACAACCUUGGUAGCAGAGAACAGUGAAGUGGGUGAUGUUAUUACUAUUCUUACAGCCACAGAUGAGGAUGAAGGAAACAAUGGCCAGAUCCAGUAUAGCCUCAGCCAGGAUGAAGAUGCUAUAAUCAAAUCAACAUUCCACAUUGAUCCACACACUGGGACACUGACCCUGGCAGCCUUACUGGACCGUGAGACUAUUGCCCAGUAUUCCUUCACAGUCAUAGCUACCGAUGGAGGUCAGAAACCUCUUUCUACUAGUGUGAGUGUUACUGUGAAGGUCAUGGACUAUAAUGACAACCCACCAGUUUUCACCAAAGACACUUACAUCACUGCAGUACCAGAAGACACUGCAACUGGCACAGCUGUGGUGGAACUUAGUGUAACAGAUGCUGAUGAAACUAUGGCUGAACUUGAUUACUUCAUUACUGGUGGAGAUCCAGAUGGUCACUUUCUGGUCCACACUUCAGGACAGGUUUAUGUAGCUUCUGUGCUGGAUCGAGAGAAGCAAGCAGAAUACACAUUAACAGUCACUGUUACCGAUGGGAAGUUUACUGCCAACACAACAGUUACUAUAACUGUCAUUGAUGUCAAUGAUAAUGGCCCAGUGUGCAAGGAGCCAGUUUACCGACGUGACGUGUCAGAGGGUGUCACUCCAGGCACCCAUAUCGCUUCAGUUGUAUCUUGGGAUGCUGAUGAAGGCACAGCUGCCCGUAGCCGUUACACCCUGACUGGGGAUGGCGCUGAACACUUCAGCAUUGACCAACUUAGUGGUCACGUGGCCACAGCCACUCAGCUUGAUCGUGAAACACAAGACCGCUAUGUUCUUACUGUUAUAAUAGAAGAUUGGGAACAUGCAGAUUGGCAAUGUGAGGUUCUGUUGGAGGUGACUGUGACAGACACCAAUGAUAAUUCACCAUCCUUCACCCUGGCCUCUCACUCUGCAACUUUGCCAGAGGAUGCACCUGUUAACACUGUUGUCCUGAAGAUGCACGCAACUGAUCCUGACCUUGGUAUCAACCGAAGGGUGCACUAUAACUUUGUGGACUCUGCCGAUGGUCAUUUUACCAUCGAUGAGAUGGAGGGAGUUGUAAGUCUGGCCCGUCCCCUUGACCGCGAGAUCAGGGACUCUUACAUUCUAACAGUACGUGCCAUAGACCAGGGAGUACCACCACUGUCCUCAACCACCCAGCUCACUGUUACAGUCUCAGAUGUAAAUGAUAAUGCACCUGAGUUCGUAAGGAAACUGCAUGAAAUUACAGUAAAGGAGAACACACCUUUAGGGACUGAAGUCUUGCGGGUAAUGGCUACUUCUAGAGACAUCGGCAUCAAUGCAGAGAUCUCUUAUUCUCUCCAACACACUACUCGGGAGAAGUACCUCCACAUCCAUCCCAAGACCGGUGUGAUCAGUAUUGGGGGUGAGGUGGAUUUUGAACGAGUGCAACAGGUGGUGGCAACAAUAGUAGCCACAGAUGGUGGUACACCGCCCCUGUCUGCCACAGCUCUGGUCAACCUUACCAUUACUGACAUCAAUGACAAUGCACCAGUAUUUACACUACCGACAUACACUGCCACUGUCAGGGAGGAUGCACUGCAAGGUGCUAGUGUUGUGCAGGUUUCAGCCAAUGACCUGGACUCUGGUGUGAACAGCUUGGUACGCUACAGCAUCAAGGCUGGAAAUGACGCCUAUUGUUUUGCCAUUGAAGAUGACACUGGCAUCAUUACUGUCAUCAAGAAACUUGACAGAGAAGAGGUGGCUAAUUAUCAACUGACAGUAAGUGCCUGGGAUUUGGGUACCCCAACUAACACUGCAGUUGCUCAGGUACUGAUACAUGUGGGUGAUGUCAAUGACAACUCACCCAUUUUUACCCAGGAUAACUAUACAGUAGUGGUUCAGGAAAACCGACCUGUAGGUUAUUCACUGAUGCGAUUGAUGGCUACUGAUGCUGAUGCCGAUCCCAAUGGUGCUCCUUUCACCUGGGAAGUGAUUAACCAACCUAUUGAAGGUCGUGCCUUCACUCUUGACCAAGAUGGUUCAUUAAGGCUGGCCACUAACAGACUUAACCACCAGGUGCAGGACAAGUAUGUUGUGCAAGUGCGAGUUUGGGACAGUGGAUCUCCACCACUUCAUGCCAAUACUCACGUGACUGUUAAUGUGGUAGAAGAGUCCCGCUAUCCACCAACGCUCUUUCCUCUUACAUCUGUAGUCAUCAGUUUUCGAGCUGCCUUUCCAGGAGGUAUUAUAGGACGGAUUACUGCACUGGAUCAGGACCCUUAUGAUACCUUGCAGUACUCUAUAGCACCCUAUCCUACUGAAGUCAGCUUUAUCAAGUAUUUUGACAUAGAUGGCCAAGACGGUACACUUGUUGCAUUAACACCACUGGAUGCUGGCAACUACAGUGUCAAUGUUAGUGUGUCAGAUGGCAGGUAUCAUCGAACUGUACAAGCCUCCAUUCAAGUGCUGGUGAUUACUGAGGAAAUGGUGGAAAACUCUGUUAUUGUCAGACUGGGUCCCUUAUCAUCUGAUGAAUUUCUUUCAAGAUAUCAAAAAUUUUUCCUUAAUGCAGUUGCAACAGAACUCUCAAUUGAUGAGGAGUCUGUGAUGUUAGUCAGUCUCCAGCCAACCCUGUUGCAUUCUCAUUCUUUAGAAAAAAUUGAUUAUAUUCCACAACGUGCUAAAAGGGAUAUACAGAGAAGCCUGGAUGUUCUGAUUGUUGUGCAGCUAUCUGAAGUAUUUUUGACCAGAGAGCAUUUAUUAGUGAAAUUAAAAAUGAAACAAGCUGAUAUUAAACACAGACUUGGCUUACCACUAGUGGAAGUUAUGGAAUCGAUGUGUGUAUCUGAUUCAAAAUGUGGUGGACAUGGAGAUUGUGUUGAUAUUGUCAAAGUCAGUGAAGAUGUAGCAAUGCCCUUCAGUACACAGCUUUCUAGUUUUGUUGCUCCAAGGUUCUCACAAGAAGUUGGAUGUGUGUGUGAUCAAGGAUAUGGAGGUGAUGAAUGUACAACUUUAGUGAAUGCUUGUGGACACCGGCCUUGUGCUGAAUAUGAAGAAUGUUCACCCACAAAUACCAGCAGUCGUGGAUACACAUGCCAGUGUCCUUCUGGUAGAGCAGGACCUUCAUGCCAAGUAGACCUGACAAAAUGCCGUAGCCCAACAUGCCAUUACCCACUGAGACCCCUUUCCUUUAAGGGGAAAAGCUAUGCUCAGUAUAGUAUAGCACGGCAAACAGAAAGCAGCUCAUUGGUACUCAGUGCAUUUAUGCGAACCAGGAACCCAGUUGGAACACUUGUUUUUGCUGCAGGGGAUGUGGACUAUAGUGUACUGGAAGUUGCUGGUGGACAUGUGCAAUAUCGCUGGGACUGUGGGAGUGGAGAAGGUUUAGUGAGAGUAUCGACAGUGACAGUUAACAAUGAUAAGUGGCAUUUCAUUAAUCUUACCCGAGAGGGGACUAUAUCAACCCUGAGUGUAGAUGGUGAAGUGAGUUUGGGAGCAGCACCAGGUGCUAACGAUAUUCUCAACACGGAUUCAGGUUUCAUGUAUCUUGGUGCUACUGUCAACAAAGAACAUGGUUCAGGCUUGUCUUCCUACUCUCACACUAGCCUGGGAUUUGUGGGCUGUCUUGAUCAGGUUGUUAUUAAUGGUAUCGAGCUUCCUGUAGCAAUAACAGGAAUGUCUUCUGGGGAUGCAGUGUUAACACGCCUAGCUAAUGUUGAGCUGCAGUGCCCUAAUGUACUACCAGUAGCAGGUGUGUGUGGUUCAUACCCAUGCCAGAACAGUGGCACUUGCAUUGAAAAUGAAAAUUCUUAUAAAUGCACUUGUCCUCCACGUUUUACUGGAGCACAGUGUCAAGUGGAUACAGCACCAUGUUCCUCAUCACCGUGUCUCAAUGGAGGUAAAUGUAUUGUAGUUGGCCAUACAUACAAAUGUCAUUGUCCUACAAAGUUAAGUGGAAAACGUUGUGAGUAUGGUGUGUUUUGUAAUCCAAACCCAUGUCAGAAUGGUGGCCGAUGUGAAGAAGGUGCUGAUGGACCAAUAUGUAAGUGUCAACAUUUCACUGGUGCAAUGUGCCAACUUGAUAUUGAUGAAUGUACCCGCAAUCCUUGCCAAAAUAGUGGAACCUGCCUCAACUUUUUUGGUGGAUUCAAAUGUAUAUGUUCUUCAAAUGUUACUGGUGAAUAUUGCACAGAGAAAGUCAAGAGACCUCAAGAAACAUCUUCAUCUUUGAACAUUACUUUGGAAGAACUAGUGUGCAUCCUAGCUGUCUUUCUUGGGUGUGUGAUGGCUGUGCUUCUUCUUGGAGCAUGGCAGAGACGGAGGUGGAGGCAUAAACGGCAUCAGCAGAACAAUCGCAUAAAACUCACAGAUCACCAUGUCAAGAAUGAUUUGAAAGCCAAUGAUGCUCCCAAGAGGAAUUCUAAAAUUUGCAAUGUGGAAGCUGAUCAGCAGGGGCCUCCUCUUCCACCACGACCAGCAUCCUACACUCCUAGUGGCACUGACUCUGCCAUACUCAAUACUCUCAAGCACUUGGCUGAUCUCUCUGCCGCAGGCCAUGAGAGCUUGGAGUUGGAGACUCUCUCCCGGUGUUCUCAUGAGCUCCUACACAGCCUGAACAAGCCUGUUGUUAUGCCGCCCAACCUCUCCCCUCCACCUCCCUCCAAUAGUGAUUCUGACUCUCUUCACAAACCUUGGGAUCACCAUAACAACCUCAAUGACUCAAAUUUCAUGCCUAUCAAAGAUGUUGGUUGUGAUUUGGUGACCAACUUGGGUGAUACACACGCCUCGCCUGGCCGGCAGUCUCCAUUCUCGGAUGAUUCAUCAGAGAGAGGGAGGGGGUCAUCGCCCCCUGCUGUGCCUCCCCUCCCCAGUCCCCAUCUUCUGGGCCGACGGACCCGGACAGGUUUGAGUCAUCCUGAGGUCAUCCCUGUUGAUUGUGACCCCAUCAGACCAGUGUCAUGUACUCCUCAGAUCUCAACGUCCACCUUUCAUGGGUCGAACACAAGGGCACCAGGGGAAAGUGGAGGCUUUAGAAACUUUAAGAAAGGAUAUCCUCCGACUCAGCCAAAGAAAAAAGGUUACCACUGGGAUGAUUAUGAUAUGCGAGGUUCCCGCACUUUGGUGGGCUGUGGGGAUGGCGCCACAGCUGCGCCACCCGACCUGUUGAUGUUGGCUGAGGGCACCAGCUUGGUCCCCACUGACGAUGUAAUGGAGGGAGAGCCACUUCUACCACGAUCUGGUCAUAACUCAUAUAUGCCAGUCCAUAGAGAUGCUGCUGCCACACCUUUGCUAUAUGUUGAUGCCAGAGAUCCUCAAGAAGCAUCAGAAGAUAAUGAUGAUGAUGGCAAUGAUGAUGAUCCAUGUAGCUUUGAAGAAAUACUCUUGGCUAAUAAUAUAUCUAUUGGAUCUUCUCAAGACCUGGCUGCUGAUCACAUGGCAAAAUACAACAUUGUCUCUGACUUGGAAGACGAUUGCACUGAAUCACCUUUGAAGAUAUCUAAUGUGCCUUCUGCUGCUGAUGGUGUCAACAAACUUGGCAGUCCCAGGAGUCGUCGUCCUUUCCAUCGCAGAGAUUACAGUCGUGUGUCAGAUUUAUCAUUUUUAUCUGCACUUGAAGAGGAAGGAGUAGAUGACUCAAUGUCUGAACUUCAAGACUCAGACUAUGAAUCAGUGGACAGAACCAGCAACCAACAAACUGCCACACUCGUUCAGACUUCUCCCUCAGAAGUUUUUUUGUAAUUUCAUAAUUUCACCACAUGCCUCAUGCAAGGAUAAAUGAACCUUUAAUGAGCCUUUUUAUAAAGCCACUUCCCACUCAUUUGCUUAGAUAAUUUCUUGCAAGGAAACUAAUAUAUAUAUAUAUAUAUAUAUAUAUAUAUAUAUAUAUAUAUAUAUAUAUAUAUAUAUAUAUAUAUAUAUAUAUAUAUAUAUAUAUAUAUAUAUAUAUAUAUAUUGUAUAUUUUUACAUACAUGAUACUCUGCAACAGCCUGUCAGUUAGCCUUCUUCCCAUCAGCUUAGAAUGUACAACCUAAUUCCUGUUAGGUUACAUUACAUCCCUGCAGUGAUUCCCACAAGGGAUUAUGAUCACUCCUGAACACAUGAUACUGAAAAUUAACAGUUUUCUGCAGGGGCUGUUUCAAUUAAAGAUAAUUGUUUUGGUGCCUUGUGGUCUAGUGUCGGGUUGUAGAGUAUAUACGUGGUAAUUUUGUAUUUUACUGUGAGAGAGAUGAAGAUUAUAAAGUUUCAUAUCUACUUUGAUAUACUACGCUUGUAUUAUUGUAUUAGGUAAGACUGUGUCAGUUUGUGUGUGUGUGUGUGUGUGUGUGUGUGUGUGUGUGUGUGUGUGUGUGUGUGUGUGUGUGUGUGUGUGUGUGUGUGUGUGUGUGAAUUCCUGGGUCAAAGAUAAGAAUAAUGAUAGAUGAAAAUAAUGAUGAUUUAAUAAUUUUUAUAUAUGGCAUGACUUGGAACAUGAUUUACAGCUUUACUCAGAUUAUAAAGACUGGCGCAGUGCUGUGUGUUGAGUUUAUUUUAAGAUGUUUUGUGAUUAUACAUUGAGGGAUGGCCCACCACUUCUGUUACAAAUAGUGUACUAUCUAUAGUUCCAGUGUUAUUAUCAAUUAAUCAUUUUUUUUAUUCAUUUAGGAUGUUUUAAAUGCAUUACAGCUCUUCACAUUUUGUUACCUAUUUAGUAUAGACUGGUUUUACAAUACUUCAUCAUGCAGCCAUUAAGUCAGGUCUUGCCUCCAUGGAAAUAAUUUGUGUGAUUGCUGCCCCUGUAGGUUAUAGAUAUUUUGGUGCUGGUGUUAAUAAAGUGUAUGUAGGAUCUACCAAACUUGAUGCUCUUCACUGGUUUGUCACAAACAGCAGCACUCCCAGUACUUCUUCCAGGAAGGUUUUUACCUGAGGACACAUGUGCUUCUUUACACUGAGCACCCAUAUGCUCACAUUACUUAGAAACCCAACUCUGAAAACCCAAAAAUUUAUUUGAUCAUUAGUCAAUGCCUCCAUUAACCAAAAUAAUUGGCAGAUGUAAUAAGUCAGUAAAGGAAGAGCCAAGAAGGGGAAAAAUUCACUCAAUCUCAUGAAAUGUGGAUAAAAAAGUUACAUUAUUACAAAUAUUCAUUGCAUGAACAUGAAUGAUCAUUUUGCUUUAUUAUAAAAUAAUUUAGCAACUUACCAUUACCUGGUUUCUUAUUUUGGCAGCCACAGAGUACAUUAGUGGUUGUAAUGAUUUUAGGUAUGUACACAUGUGUUUGUGACAUGGUUCAUACUGACCUUCAACCAUUAACCACUGCGGGGAAUGAAGUAGUUAGCCAAAUAUAACACCAAAUUCUUAAAAGGAAAAAUGAACAAAUCAAAUAACCACCUCAGUUAAGAACAUUAUUAUGUUGAUAUCAUGCUACCUUUCUGUAUAUAUAUUAAAAGAUUCUUUCACUAAAUUAUUUCACACUUGCAGAAAAGAAUAUAGUAUUACAGUUGAGAAAACAUUCACUCUCAUUUUUGUCUCAGGAAUAGUAAUAUAUAUAUAUAUAUAUAUAUAUAUAUAUAUAUAUAUAUAUAUAUAUAUAUAUAUAUAUAUAUAUAUAUAUAUAUAUAUAUAUAUAUAUAUAUAUAUAUAUAUAUAUAUAUAUAUAUAUAUAUAUAUAAAACAUGCUUUUAAAAGCAUAUUGUAAUUUCAUCAUUAAGAAUUUCAAGUAACGAGUGAUUCCUCCCUGUAAGCAACAAGGUUUGUGUGAAUGCACAAAAAGGACAAAAAUUGUCCUGUGAUUUUAAUUCUAUUCAGUUGGAGUCAAAGUUACACAAUGUUUGAUAGCAGACUUUUAAUAAAAUACUUAAUUUGUUGUGGUGUGGUAUAUGGACAAGCAGGAUGGACACCUCAGAAUAUAUACUAGAGUAUUUUAUGAAUUAUGCCUACCCAGUAAUUAUGGAUAUACAUGUACAUGAAAUGUUUUUAUCAAAAAUGUUCUUAUAUGUUCUCUACUGUGUACAUUGGCCCCAAACAAUAGCGCCUUAAAUUUUUUCAUUACAGUGAAGGAUGCUGCAGCGAUAUAUGUAAAAGACAUGGUCAUUGUGUAACUGUGGGGAAGACAAGCACUUGUGCUAAUGGAAGAGACAGUUCUCCCGACACUGCUUUGUUUCCUGUGAACUAGUCAUUAUUCAUACAGAGUAGAACAAGUGCCUACACAAGAAACUAUUAUAUAUUAAUGUAAGACAAGUCAUGUUUACAUGUGCCACUUUGUGUGACGCGCCAAAAUCCUUGAAAAGUCAAGAUAACUUAUGGACUUAUUAAAUGGUGACAAAAGAUGACAGAGGGCAUUUAUCAAACUUUACACAGGAGCUGGCCUCUAUCUGCUUCAGUUCCAUGGUAUUAUUAUUGAAUUUUUCUGUCAUCUUACAGGUUAAUAUAGAAUUAAUAUAUGUUGAACUGUAUGAACAAAAUUCUCUCUCUCUCUCUCUCUCUCUCUCUCUCUCUCUCUCUCUCUCUCUCUCUCUCUCUCUCUCUCUCUCUCUCUCUCUCUCUCUCUCUCUCUCUCUCUCUCUCUCUCUCUCUCUCUCUCUCUCUCUCUCUCUCUCUCUCUCUCAAGUCCAUAUUUGAUUGGCUUAUUGCAAGGAAACUAGAAUGAAUGAAAGUGUAUUUUUUUAAAUAAUAACAUGUAAAUAAAGUUCUUGAAAAGCA